AUGCCGUUCGAGUACAAACACCUGUCCGCCGAGGAGCGCGCGCAUUUCGUGGAACAUGGCUGGCUCAAGAUUGAGAAUGCCAUUGACCCGAAAUACCUGAAUGAAUGGAUGGAGAACCUCUGGGUCCGCCUGGGCAUGGACCCCGAGGACAAGUCUACCUGGAUGUACGAGUACCACAAGCUGCCUCGUCACCGCGAGGUGCUGGCGUCGGAAUUCGCACCCGAGGCGUGGGCCAAGAUGUGCGAGAUUGUCGGCGGCGAGGACAAGAUUGAUCCUGUGAGGGAGCGGUACUAUGGCGACCAGAUGAUUAUCAACUUUGGUACCGAGGAGCAGGUGGGCAAGAGCCACACUCCGCAGGACCUGGUCGGCUGGCACACGGACAAUGACUGGUAUCGCCAGUUCCUCGACUCGAGCGGCAACGCGCUCACCGUCAUCUGCUGCUUCACCGACGUCCCGGCCAACGGCGGCGGCACCAGCCUCUGCGAAGACGGUAUCAAGUCCCUCGUCGAGCGCUUCUACGCCAACCCACAGGGCCUCGACCCGCCGUUCGCCAACAUCUACUCGCACUGCAAGACGGCGUCGUCGUUUGCCGAAGUCGUCGCCAAGGCCGGCGACGUUCUCGUCACGCACGGCAUGCUGCCGCACUCGCACUCGCCCAACCACCUGCACUACGCGCGCGUCAUCACCAACCCGCACGUCAACCUGUCCGAGCCGUUCAACCUCAACCGCCCCGACGGCGACUACACGCUGUGCGAGCAGGUGAUCCUGCGCAACCUCGGCCGCGACUCGGUGCCAGAGUACAAGCCCACGCGCGAGCGUCUGGCGUUUUACCCGCGCACGGCGUUCUUCAAGCGCGAAAUGGUCAAGGACGAGCUGCAGCGCAUGGUCGCGCACGCCGAGGCGCAGGGCCUGCCCGCGUCCAGUGUCGACUCGGUCUACUUGAAGGGCGAAGAGGCGAUUCGCGAGCACGAGCGCAGGAAUGGGUACGACAAGGCCUGGGGACCUACAGGUGUGGCGGUCACCAUGAGGGAUGACGCGGUCAACUAUAUGCCCGAGCAGAAGAAGCAUGUGCUUGUCUAA